UCUCAAGAGUGAAUGUGGCAAUUUUGCUCAAUUUACUCUCGUAUCUCUGAUGUGGGUGGAAGUGAAAGAGGAAGAAAGCAUUUGGAUCCUUGAAAAUGUGAGUGUGUGAAUCCCCACCGAAGUCUUGGCUAUGGUCAUAAAUUUCCAUGGAACAUGACAAGGAUUGACCAUUGAUCAAGUUGAGAAACGGAUCGGUAUGAAUGGAGGAAGUGUGGGAAUGGAUUUUCUGUACCAAGUCCGACGUUUCGCCGACCUCGACCCAGUCCAUAUCGACGGGUUCAUUUUUAAACUCCAUUAUUGGUUCACCUCCACGGCGAUCUUCUCGGCCAGUCUAAUCUCGUUUGCCAAACAAUACUUUGGCGAUCCCAUCGAAUGCAUAUUUGAUGCGAAACAUGGAGCUGAGAUCAAAGCUGUGGAUGCCUAUUGUUGGCUCCAUUCCACGACCAAUUUGGAUACAGGUCUCAUGCGGAAGCUCAACACACUGCCCAAGAUCCGGAAUCCCUGUCAAGGCUAUCCAAUGGCUGACCACGACAUUGACACCCUUUACUACCAAUGGGUGCCAUUCUUUCUGUUUUUCCAGGCUUUGAUAUUUCGGUUGCCGUGGAACUUGUGGCGUCACUUGGAGGGAGGGAAGAUGGCUGAAUUCGGCUUGGAGGCCAAACGCCAUCUUAUCCCCGAACAAACUAGUGAGAGUCUGGCCCACCAAUAUGCGCAUUUCUUCAAUGGUAUCCUUCAUCAUAACAAUAUCUACUUCUGGCAAUACGUGUUCUGUGAGUCCUUGAAUGUGUUCAUCGUUUUCGGCAUGAUCCAGUUGACGGACAAGUUCCUCAACGGUCGCUUCAUCGAUUAUGGACGGAGAGUGUGGGAGUUCUAUUGGUCCUCUGAGAGCUACCGAGCCGAUCGAAUGAACCCCAUGUGUUCCCUCUUCCCAACUGUCACCUCGUGCCAAUUUCCCUCUGGCGCCCUCACAGGCAACUUGAAUGUGGACCAUGCCAUGUGCGUCUUGAGCCUGAACAUAAUCAAUGACAAAAUCUUUCUCAUCGAGUGGUUCUGGUUCAUCACCUUGGCUUUCAUGUCAUUGUUGGCUUCAUUUUGCACUUUCCUCAUCAUAAUCUGUCCAAGAUUCAGACGCUUCCUCAUACGGAUGAAAUUACGCUCGUUUGGUGCUCAAGACGUUCCGCUGAUCAACCAAUUGCUGACCAGGUGCUAUGUGGGAGACUGGUUCAUCCUGAACCUCUUAGCCAAAAACACCACGGCCUACAUGUUUCGUCGGAUUAUCAAAAGCCUCACAGAGAUUAUCAAAGAACAAAGGAUCAGCAAAACGGCUACGAUCUCGAUGGAAAACCUCGAGGUUAAGAAUGGGGUAUGACAGUUGCCGAAGGCUGAGGAGGACGCGGGGAGAUAUGGUGCAUUUUCGGCCACAGCCAUGCCAGUUCAAGCGGAUAUUAAUGUGGUCUACUGGUGGGACGAUGAAAGUAGCUCCACUUGAAGAAAUAUAUAUAUA